UUCGGGAACCACCGGGAGCUGUUCUGGGAGCCGGGAGCCGGGCGGCUCGGCCGCGCCGCGCUGCUGGACAACGCCCGCUGGCUCGGCCGGGAGCCGCUGCUCCGCUUCCUUGGCGGCGCGGGCGGGCGCCUCCGCAUGGGCACGCUGCUGAGCCGGCAGAGCUGCCAGGCGCGGCUGCGCAGCGCCGAGGGCAUGAGCCUGGCCGAAUUCCUGUACCCUGCGCUGCAGGCCUACGACUUCCUGCACCUCCACCGGCACCACGGCUGCCGCAUCCAGCUGGGGGGCCACGACCAGAUGGGAAACAUCAUGUCCGGAUACGAGCUCGUCACCAAGAUGACAGGAACAGAUGUGUUUGGAAUUACUGUACCUCUUAUUACGAGUACUACUGGUGAUAAACUGGGAAAGACUGCUGGAAAUGCAGUUUGGCUGAACAGGGAUAAGACCUCUCCGUUUGAGCUGUAUCAGUUUUUUGUCAGACAGGAGGAUAAUGUAGUUGAAAAAUACCUGAAACUAUUCACCUUCCUUCCUCUUGAGGAGAUUGCCCACAUCAUGGAAAUGCAUGCUAAAGAACCUGAGAAAUGGGGCGCUCAGAAACGACUGGCUGCAGAAGUAACUAAGCUUGUCCAUGGUAGAGAGGGGCUGGAAUCUGCUAAGAGGUGCACUAAGGCCCUUUAUUACAGCAGUGUGGAGGCACUGGAAGAAAUGUCUGACCAAGAGUUACAGGAACUUUUCAGACAAACUGCUUCUGCUGAAUUGAUGCUUGAACCUGGGAUGACUGUUCUUGACUUGUGCCGCAAAGCAAAUGCCAUUCCAGAUGGACCUAGUGGGUACAGGAAAAUUACAGAUGGAGGAGUUUCAAUAAAUGGGAGUCGUGUAACGAAUCCUGAGACUGUUCUUAUUCUGGGACAGCAUAUUCUGAAGAAUGGAGUAUCAUUACUUAGGGUUGGAAAGAAAAAUUAUUACAUUAUAAAAUGGCUGCAGUUGUGACAACAGAGUAUCUCCCUAAAAUGACAGAUCAGUUUAAUUCUGCUGCUUGAAGAUGUACUUGAAGAUGUUUCUGUACUGUGCAUUUCUACACAGCUCACAGACCACCCAGUAUCAGUUUCCUUUUCAAAAGAGUUCAAGAGAGUUUAAAUAAAGGAGCUGGGUUGUACCACUGAAGAGAUUGUAGAUACUCUGCCUUACUCAAAGCACCAGUCAUAAGGAUCUGCACAAGAAAAUGAAAAGAUUCAUUUCAAAGUCCAGCAAUGGAGAUGUGCAUCCCCUCCUUUAACAGCCUUCUGUGCUGUAGGAAAACAGUGGCCAGUUAUUUCACAGGAUAACUCACAGGAAAAUAAGCCAAAGUAAACUCAAACCCACUCCUUACAGCCGAUGUGCUCAUGUAACCAAGAAACCUUGCUAGGGACAAAGACAACCAUGGUCAUCUGUCUCUGAACAGGUUUGUUUUGAAUGAAGCUGCAGAAAAUUUAUAAUAAAGGACUAAAUGAUUAAACAUGUA